AUGCCAACGAACCAAACACCGUUCCUUGCCAUUUUUCUCCUCUUACUCGGUUUACUCCGGUUCAAUUCAUUUCCCGGUUUAGAAGCAGCGACCGGAAAGCUAGCUUCGAUUCCGGGGUUAUACGUGUUCGGAGAUUCGUUGGUUGAUGCCGGAAACAAUAACCACUUACUAAUUUCCAUAUCCAGAGCUAAUUAUCCACAUAACGGCGUUGAUUUUCCUAAAGGCAAAUCCACCGGCAGAUUCUGUAACGGCAAAAAUGCUGCCGAUGCUAUCGCUGAGAAAUUUGGUUUACCCUUACCGCCGCCGUAUCUCUCACUGAGAGACUUACUAACGAGGAGAAAAAGAAAACCAGCCCCCGUGACAGGUGUGAAUUUUGCUUCUGGCGGUGCCGGAAUCUUCGACAGCUCCGAUGAAAGACUUAGACAAGCUAUCCCUUUAUCACAACAAGUGAACGAUUGGGUCUCCAUUCAAGAAGAAAUCAAUGAGCUUGGAACAUCAGAAGCACAAAUUCACGUAUCCAAAUCUCUAUUUACCGUGGUCAUAGGUAGUAACGAUCUUUUCGACUACGGUGGAUCGUCCAAACUUCGAGAAAAGGCCACUCCUGAACAAUAUACACAGUCAAUGGCUGAUAAACUCAAAGAACAACUGAAGAGAAUUCAUGAUACUGGAGCGCGUAGAUUCUUAGUAAUAGGGGUUGCAAAGAUUGGUUGCACACCGGGGAGCAGAAGGAAGAACUCAACAGUCCAUGAAUGCAAUGAAGCGGCAAACAUGUUUGCAUCUUUGUACAACGAAGCUCUAACAACGAUGCUGCACCAACUUAAACAAGAGUUGGGAAACACAAUCUCUUACACUUAUUUUGAUAACUUCAAGGCCUUACAUGACAUUAUCUCCAACCCUGCUCGUUAUGGUUUUGCUGACGUGACAUCAGCGUGUUGUGGAAGUGGCAAGUUAAACGCGGAGCUUCCUUGUCUUCCUAUCGCAAAGUUAUGUUCGGACAGGACCAAAUAUCUCUUUUGGGAUCUCUUUGGUCAUCCGACAGAAACUGCUGCUCGGACCAUCGUCGAUCUUAUGCUCACUGAUGAUUCACAAUACUCAUCUCCUUUAACUCUCACCCAAUUGGUCUCUUCAUGA